AUCAAAAAUUACUAACUAAUACAUAUAUAUAUAUAUAUAUACAUAUAAGCUAGAAGCACAGGGAGAUGUGUUCUGUAGAUAUGCGUAUAUAUAUAUAUACAUACACACACAUAUAUAUAUAUAUACUUGCGUGUGUGUGAGUGUGUGUGUGUAUAGGCAAUGUGUUGGUGCUUUGUUGUUGUGGUGAUUGGGAACAGUGGAGAUUUUGAAUGAAUCUGCGGGAAAGAAAAAGGCGUUUUCUGGCGAUUGUUUUGGCGAAAGAGCAGGGGAGGUAGUGUUUGAUUCUGUGUUGUUGGAGUUUGGUUGCGAUCUGUUUGUGUUGCUGAGCUUGCCGGUGGUUUCGUGUGAAAGUUUAGUUUGUUGCUGAUAUUUUCGUAGUUGGAGAGAGGGGAGGGGGCGUGGAGGGGAGAUUUUUCUUGUGUUGUUUUGGUGGUUCCCGGAGCUGUGUAGAUCUCGUUGAAAUUUCUUGUUUUGGUCUUUGGUCUUUGGUUUAAUUGUUUCUUGUUUUUUUUUUUUUUUUUUUUUGUGUGGUGGAUUGAGUUUGGCGACUGUGGUGGAGGGGUUUCGAUCGGGGAGGUGUCGAUUUCGCGGUGGUGUGGAGCUUGAUGCUUUCUGAAGCGAGUUGGAGUUGUUCAGAGAAGAGUUUUUCGGAGAAAUAGGGCUUUGUCAGGCUGCCGAACGCGACUUGAAGUUGUGACAUCGACGAGAAUGAAUGGUUUCGGAUUGAAUUUGGCAUCUACGGUUCGGAAUUCAGUUGAAUUUGGUUUUUGGGUUGGGUAUCGCGGCGGCAGUCAGGAAUCGAAGACUUUUGUGAGUUUUAGGGCUUUUCCGGGGGAGAUUUGGAGGAAGAUUUGAGUAUUUUGGGUUCUGAGAUGAAAACGCGGGUGCUAACUUUCCAAUUUCCAGCUCUGUUUCAAUAGAUAACAUUCCUAUUUGGUAUUUCUUGUGUUGGUCUCUGCUGAGUGCAGAGAAAGAAUUUAAUGUUGAACAAGAAGAACCAUCUGAAGAAGAAAGGGAUUUUUGUCAACAGUGGCUUGUUUGAUUACAUUACUUAUUUGCGAUGAUUACUUUCAUAGAUUCCAAAGAAAAAAUGAAGGAACCCGAUAAAUGCUUGGAUUCACAGCUAUGGCAUGCUUGUGCUGGUAGUAUGGUGCAAAUGCCACCGGUGAAUUCGAAUGUCUUCUAUUUUCCUCAAGGGCAUGCUGAGCAUGCAUGUGGACUCGUCGAUUUCAGAAAUUGCCCCAGGAUUCCUGCUUAUAUUGCUUGCAGGGUUUCUGCAAUUAAAUUCAUGGCCGAUCCAGAGACUGAUGAGGUUUAUGCGAAAAUUAGGUUGGUUCCCCUAAAUAGUAAUGAGGUUGAUUAUGAAGAUGAUGGACUUGGUGGAACUAAUGGACAUGAUGUGCAAGAUAAACCCACUUCAUUUGCGAAGACAUUGACGCAAUCGGAUGCUAAUAAUGGCGGAGGAUUUUCGGUUCCUCGUUAUUGCGCAGAGACAAUCUUUCCGCGAUUGGACUACUCUGCAGAUCCUCCAGUUCAGACUAUCCUUGCCAAGGAUGUUCAUGGUGAAACUUGGAAAUUCCGUCAUAUUUACAGGGGAACACCAAGGCGCCAUCUUUUGACUACUGGAUGGAGCACUUUUGUGAACCACAAGAAGCUUGUUGCAGGCGAUUCGAUUGUCUUCUUGAGAGCAGAAAAUGGGGAUCUUUGUGUUGGAAUCAGACGGGCAAAGAAAGGAAUUGGAGGCGGACAUGAGUCGUCAUCUGGGUGGAAUCCUGCAGGCGGGAAUUCUUUCUCGCCAUAUGGAGGGUUUUCAGCUUUUCUGAGGGAAGAUGAGAAUAAAUUAGUGAGAAAUGGUAAUAGUGGCAAUUCAACUGGUAGUGGGGGUUCUACUAGCAGGGGAAAAGUGAGGCCUGAAUCAGUUAUUGAAGCAGCAACCUUGGCUGCCAGUGGGCAGCCCUUCGAGGUUGUUUUCUAUCCCCGGGCUGGUACUCCGGAGUUCUGUGUGAAAACCUCAAUUGUGAAGACGGCAUGGCAGGUACGCUGGUGCCCUGGGAUGAGGUUCAAGAUGGCCUUUGAAACUGAGGAUUCUUCACGUAUAAGUUGGUUCAUGGGAACCAUCUCCUCUAUUCAGAUUGCAGAUCCCGUUCGCUGGCCUAAUUCUCCUUGGAGACUUCUUCAGGUGACAUGGGAUGAACCUGAUUUGCUUCAAAAUGUCAAGCAUGUAAGCCCAUGGCUGGUGGAAUUGGUCGCUAACAUGCCCGCCAUCCAUUUAUCCCCAUUUUCACCUCCACGGAAAAAGUUGAGACUACCACAAAACCCAGAUUUCCCUCUUGACGGCCAACUUCAAAUGCCAACUUUUUCCGGCAACCCUUUUAGUUGUCUUCCCGACAAUGCUCCUGCUGGCAUGCAGGGAGCCAGGCAUGCUCAAUAUGGUUUACCCUUAUCAGACCUCCACAUCCAUAACAAAAUACAAUCCAGUCUGUUUGCAGCGACUCUUCCACCAUUCAACGGUGUUGCCACCCCCAUUAGGCUGUCCAAUCCCCCUACCACCCGCAAGCCGAGCAACAGUGAGAAUGUAUCUUGCUUGCUGACCAUGGGAAAUUCUACCCUAACUGAGAGGAAACCAGCAACUACUAAAGGAACACAUUUCGUGCUUUUUGGUCAACCAAUACUCACCGAGCAGCAGAUCGCUCUAAGCAGCUCUGGCGAUACAAUUUCCCCUGUUCAUACUGGAAAUAGUUCUUCUGAUGGGAAUGCAGAUAAAAUGGCAAACAUUUCUGAUGGUUCUGGUUCUGCAUUUCAUCUGCCUGAGCGCUUAUCUUCCGAAGGCCUUCAAUGGGGUAAAAAUCACCGACAAACAGAGACCAGCUUGGAAACCGGUCACUGUAAGGUCUUCAUGGAAUAUGAGGACGUGGGUCGCACUCUUGAUCUUUCGAAGCUAGGGUCUUACGAAGAACUGUACAGAAAGCUUGCAAGGAUGUUCGGCAUUGAAAUUUCUGAGAUGCUGAACCAUGUCCUCUACCGGGAUGUGGCUGGUUCAACCAAGCAGGUUGGAGGGGAACCAUUCAGUGACUUUAUGAAGACGGCGAAGAGGCUGACCAUUCUCAUGGAUUCAGGCAGCGACAAUCUAGGACUGUAGAGAUGGAGGAAAAGAUCAGAAAAAAGAAGAAGAAGAAAAAAAAAAAGACUCAAGAAAAUCUUCCCGAUGUACAGCUUGAUCUCUGAAUGCUUCAUCAUCAUCUCUGAAUGCUUCAUCAUCAUCGAUGAUCGAUCCCUGCACUGACUGCAUUUAGUUUACUUCUAGAUGUAGGAAAAACCCCUUCAUCCAAUCCAAUACAAUCCAAUCUCUAGCUCUAUUCCUUCUGGUUCUGCAAAUUUUUGAGUUUGGUGUUCGUUCAAUAUUUCAUGUCACAAUUGAAGAUUUGUUGGUAACAACCUCCAAUUUUGUUCAGACAUGUGAUGUUCCUAGCUGGACCUACAAGAAGCUUACUAGACCUUAUCUUUGGGAUUCAGUUACAAGCCUUCUAAGAAGGUUAAGUUCCAUAUAUAUAUAUAUAUAUAUAUAUGCCA